AUGCCGAAACGAAGUGCUGACGAAAAAAUCGAUCUUUAUCUAAAGAAAAUUCAAAGAUUAACAGCUGAAAAAAGUGUUGUACGACGACGAUGGCGAGUGCGUGUUAUUUCGAGUGAUUCUUCCGAAGCAAAUGAAGGUUGUGGCGAAACAACGCAGCGCAUAGCAAUCGCCGAGGUCCACCGACCGCCUUCGGGAAAAAUAGAUCCAUCAUGGAACGAUGCUGCGGGUGCCUCCCCCGAGGCAGAAAUACCACGAGAUAUUGAGGCAGAAAUACCACGAGAUAUUGAGGCAGAAACACCACGUGAUAAUGAGGCAGCAUCACCUUGUGAUAAUGCAGAACUCAUGGCAGAAAUUCCUAUUUCUAUGCCAGAGAAUCCACUGCCAAUGCCAGCUGCCGAGCCAAAUGAGGCCGGACAGUCUUUAGAGGCGUUAUCGUAUGAAUUGGAGUUAGACCCUGAUUUAUUGGAGGCUCUAGGUGAACCCACAGAUGCCGCUCCUGAAUUUGGACCUAAAAUUCAUGAUAGUUUGGCAAAACUAUGGCUCCCUUUACUGACAAAAGGCAUGACUAAAGAGAAUAAAGAUAAGAUUAUGAAACAAUACCUGAUACCAGAUAAUUGCCGGUUUUUACAAGCCCCGAAAAUAAAUGGAGAAAUUUUUUCGGCCAUUCCGGAAGUAGUCCGUAACAGAGACAAAGGACUUUCAUUUCAUCAACAACAACUCGGUUGUGGCAUUACGGCCAUAAAUAGAGCAUUGGAUUUGCUUUUAAGGGGGGACAAUAAAAAGGAAGCCAUCCAACAUCUCAGUAAUGGCUGUCGUAUAUUGUCUGACCUGCAUGCAACAUCCACUCUGACUCGUAUAAAACUUAUUACUCCGAGUCUUGACAAGAAUUUCCAUCACGUGAUCCAGGAUACAGAAAGGGACGAAACCUUGUUUGGUAAUAAACUUUCUGAGAAAAUUAAGGCAGCAAAAGCAAUAGAAAAACAAGGUUUACAAAUUAAAAAGACGAAUAUUUCAAAGGCUCUUAAUUCGUCACAGUCGCCGGGAAUUCGUCCAUACAGUUCGGGAAACUGGACAGCCCCUCCUCGUCGCGGGCGAGGAGGGUCGAAACGAGGCAGUGGCAGCCGUCGCUACCAGAGCACAGCGACGCCGCCGCGCCCUCCCGCACAACUAGCAGCGACCGCGAGCAAGGCGCGUGCGCCGACCACAUAA